GCAAUGUCAGUAUUGUAUAGGUAAUCAAGCGGAAAACAUUCGUCUUAGAUUAUUAGACAAAUAAGGAAGUAAAAGAAAAAAACAAUAUUCGUGCAUAUAAAUGAUAAAUUCGUGUGUGUCCAAAAAUAAAACUAAGUUAAAAAAGGUUUAUUUAUAUACAGGACACAAUAAACAUGAGGAGUUGGCUGGUAUGUCUGUGCGCGCUGACGGUAGUAGCGCUGUGUUCAGCGCAGCGCAGGCAGGGUCUGCCCAACCGUUACGAGAACUUCAAUGCUGACUCCAUCAUCCAGAACGAACGAGUGCUGCUCGCCUAUUACAAGUGUGUCAUGGAUAAAGGCCCCUGUACGAAGGACGGCAAGAAUUUUAAACGCGUGCUACCAGAGACGCUAUCGACAGCCUGCGCGCGAUGUUCGCCCAACCAGAAGGCGGUGGUGAGGAAACUGCUGAUGGGCAUCAGAGCUAAGAGCGAGCCGCGCUUCCUCGAGCUGCUGGACAAGUACGACCCUCAGCGGCUCAACAGAGAGGGACUUUACAACUUCCUCCUAACUGGACAAUAAAUUAAUCAAAUUGAUCAUAAUCUUACAUACAUAAACUCACACCUAUUUCCCAUUUGAAUAGAAUAGAAAUAGUUUAUUAUGAAAGGACGCCACACACAAAAAGAAAGACAACAAUAUCAUAUCAAAUUUCCACUAAAACAAUUACAAAAAAGCAAGAAGGAUGUUAGUCGAAAUGAUCAUAAGUAAGCAGAGUCAUAAUUGUAAGCAGAGAUCAUAGAAUUCCAUUUGCUUCGAUUUUGACAAAUUUCUCUUGCGUCCUCCACAAUACGUCCCACUGAUGGGCACAGGCUUCCCCUCAAUUAACUAGAGCGGUAUGAGGCAUACUCCAUCACGCUGCUCAAGUGCGGAUUGAUGAUGAUUAUGACAAUAUUUGUAACAAUCAGGAUAUAUAAUUUCGUAAUAUUUAUGUCUUAUUAUGUUCUUCGUCUGGGAAAGACCUUCUCGGUUUUUCGGCUCUACUUAUCUU